AUGGCGACUGCUAAGUCCGAAAAUUAUGUGAUCGAUGAAGUGAUUGUAGAAGACUCACUUGUUGGAAUUUAUAAAGCUCGACAUCUUCCAACAAAUGAGGAAGUGGCUAUUAAAAAAAUUAAAGUUGGCCGUCAUGGUGAAUAUACUGAUUGGGCUGAACCAGCAGCUGAAAAUGAAAUGCAAAUGUUACGAAAAUUAGAUCAUCCUAAUGUUAUUAAGUUGCUCGAUUCAUUCUAUACACCUGAUUCGAAAGUAGCUGUUCUAGUCUUUGAAUUAAUGUUUGCUGAUCUUGGUCGUUUAAUUCAUUGUACAGACAAUCGUUAUUCUCAUAGUCAUAUAAAAUGCAUGGUUCAUAUGAUGCUUUCAGGUCUUGAAUAUAUUCAUUUAUCAGGUAUCAUGCAUCAAGAUAUCAAACCAGGAAAUAUUAUGAUUGAUUCUCAUGGUAUAAUAAAAAUUGCUGAUUUUGGUAUAUCAAUAUAUGUUGAUGAUACAUGUCGAAAACUUCAUCGUUUACCACCAGCUUGGUAUCGUUCACCAGAAUUUUUACUCGGUGAUCGACAAUAUGAUACAUCGACAGAUAUGUGGUCAUUAGGUGUUGUUAUUGGUGAAUUAAUAAAUCGACAUAUUGUAUUUCCAAGUAAAAGUGAAAUAGAACAAAUCUUAAUGAUUUAUCGUUUACUUGGUCCACCAAAUGAUAAAACAUGGCCAGAAGCAAAAACAUUUAAACAUUUUUUACAAUUUCAUGAUGAAAGUUUAUUAAAUAAUGAAGAAACAUUUGAAAAAAAAUUUCCAAAAUCUAAUGAACAAGAAUUAAAUCUAUUGAAAAGUUUACUUGUUAUGAAUCCAAAAUAUCGAGCUACAGCUAAACAAGCUUUGGCAUCUUCUUAUUUUACAAGUAGUCCUUCACCAUGUAAACCUGAAAACAUUCCACGUUUAGCUGCACCACGACAUCGUCAUAGUCGAGAUCCAUUUCAUAUGAAUGAUAUAAAUACAAAUGAUGAAAAUCUUCCAAGUGAUUAUAGUCAUUUAAAUAAUGAAACAAAACGACAACUUUUUUCACCAUAA